AUGGCAUUGCUUUCUCCUUCUACUGAUUCUCCGCCUGAGCAUACUACCCUACCGCAUGUCGCUACAGAAUUACCGGCGAUACCAGCAACGGUCCAUCUUGGUUUAACCGUUGGUUUUACGGUUAUUUUCUCCUUGCUCUUCAUCCUGAUUUAUAUUCAGUUAUUUUUCAUCUUACGCUAUGGCCAUAAACGUUUAUCAUUUCAAUCAGUUUUCCUCUUCUUAUGUCUGAUAUGGGCCAGCUUACGGAUCACCUUAUUCUCCUUUUAUUUUCGUAAUUGCCAAUUGGCCAAUACGCUCCCCACAUUUUUUUACUGGUUGCUCUAUUGCUUACCAGUCUGUUUGCAAUUUAUAACCUUGACUUUAUUGGCUUUCUACUUCGGCAAGGCUUACAUAAAAGGUCGCCGCAAUGUCAUCAAUUCCAUGAGAAUAUCUCCAAAUCAUCGGCAUCGAACCUUGGUUGUCUCAUUCAUGAUUAUGACCAGCGCUUUCGUCAGCGUCAACAUUAUCUGUGCAAUAUUAAUUAGAAAAGUUACCGCUACUGGAAGAUCACCUCCUCACUUGUUACUACUGGUACGAGUGAUGAUCGAUGGAUUACUCUUUGUGGUCAUGGCUAUUAUUCUCUGUUACUUUUUAAUUCAGAUGAAAAGAGCUGGCAUUUCUUCCAAGUUGCAAGUUGAUGAGAACCAGGAAAUGUCCAUGUUGCAAGCUGUGAUUUGCAGCGGUAUCAUUGUUGCUUUAUAUGUAUCCCGAGCCAUCUAUAACAUCAUAGCCAUUAGUCCUACUAAAGUACCUACUUUUGGAUAUGGCUGGAUUAACGUAACCGAUCAAGCUGAUCUCUAUGCUGCACAUGGUUACGGAUAUAUCUCAUUCGUUUGCGUUUUAUUGGCUUGGGAAGUUCUUCCUACGUUUAUUGUGGUCUGGCUAUUUAGAGUUAAAAAGCCUUACAAUAAGAACCUCGUUAUCAAUUCUGCGUAUGAAAAUCAUUACAACACAUUUAAUUAUGACCAGCAAGCUUUUCUGGAUGACGAUGAUUACCCUAUUAACCCGUCCGUUCAGUAUGCGAGAUACCAAAGCUAUUUUACUGAUGUACCAAGUAGUCAUGGAAGAGAAAAUAACGAAUAUGAUCAAUACGCCACCAGCACAAUAUCGAGUAAAUUUUGUGAGCCAGGAUCUCAAUCGUAA